GUUAUUCAUUCUAUUUGCUGUGCAUAGUUCCGGAUGAGAUACUAUGAGUUCUAGUAUCAUUUUGUAUCGUAUUUCAAUCCAAGGAAGAAUACGAAGAUGGGUGGCGGCCAAUGUCUUCUUUUUCUAGCUUGUUAGAAGAGUGCUCUCGGGUUCUCCCUCCCUCCUUCCCUCUCAAUCUUUAUGCUGCGCUCUCAGCUCUCCGCGCUCACAGCGUCUCCCGCUCUCCGCACCGCUCUCAAAGCAAAGUGUGCGCUCCACGCCGUGCCCAUGCCGCCUCAUCCUGCCUUUACGCACGGAAGACUUUAGAAGCGAGGAUACCUGCGCGCUUUUGGGAUACAGAAGCAACGUCUGACUUUUUUCCCCACGUGGCCGUAGAGAUUUGAAAUCGCUCCAGGCUGUCUGAGAUGGUGGAAAAAUUCUUUUAUAAACUACAGACGGCUAGAGAGAGAUAGGCCUGGGGAAGGCUGAGAAACUUUUAAGGAGACUUGAAUAAGCAAACAUCAGCACAAAAAAAGUUAAGAAGGAGAAGGAAAAGCGCUGUUUGGGCCCUGCCCAAACGGGUUCAUUAACAUUAACAACAAAGCCAAUAGGUUGUUUUUUUUUUUCUUAAGGGGGUCCCUCACCAACCACCAAGAUUUCGCCCAAAAGCAGACAAGAGGAGCGUCCCGCGCUGACGAGACUGGUCGGCAGGAAGCGGUUGAUCGCGGCCGGGGUGCUCGGAGUGGUCAUGGUGCUCGUGCUGGUCGUGCUCAUCCCGGUGCUGGUGAACUCGGCCGGCACUUCGGCACAUUACGAGAUGCUCGGCACGUGCAGGAUGGUGUGCGAUCCGUACGGCACCAAAUCCCCGAGCAGCACGGCCACGGCAGACACGGCGGCGCGCGACACCGGCCUCGUGCAAUCACUGCCCACCUUCAUCCAAGGGCCAAAAGGAGAGCCAGGACGGCCAGGGAAGACAGGACCGCGAGGCCCACCUGGAGAGCCAGGACCUCCAGGACCCGCAGGCCCCCCUGGAGAGCGUGGAGAACCUGGACGGCCUGGCUUACCAGGACCUCCUGGGCCAAACGGCGCUGGCGCCAUCAGCGCCGCCACAUACAGCACCGUGCCAAAAAUCGCCUUCUACGCGGGCCUUAAGAAGCAGCAUGAGGGCUACGAGUUGCUUAAGUUUGACGACGUAGUCACUAAUCUGGGGAAUCACUAUGACCCUGCCACAGGAAAGUUUACUUGCUCCAUACCGGGAAUCUAUUUCUUUACUUACCAUGUGUUGAUGCGUGGUGGAGACGGUACCAGCAUGUGGGCAGACCUCUGCAAAAACAACCAGGUGCGAGCAAGCGCGAUCGCGCAGGACGCGGACCAGAAUUACGACUACGCCAGUAACAGCGCGGUGCUGCACCUGGAGCCCGGGGAUGAAGUGUACAUCAAACUGGACGGCGGCAAAGCGCACGGAGGCAACAACAACAAAUACAGCACCUUCUCUGGCUUUAUUAUCUACGCUGAUUAGGACACGAGCUUUGCUCCUCUUCCUGGGCCUUUCCAACCCAUGUCCUUCUUUUUGCACUCACUUUUAUUUUUUUAACCUCAAGUUUUCCCAACAGAGCCAGUGGCUGGUGAUACACUCCCUCAUCCGCCAUUCACCUUAAACAUAUUAGUGUAAGACUGUGUGGGCUGGACGGUCCGUCUCUCCGAGUUUAAUUCAAAAGUCACACACUUGAUGGAGAAGAUAUAUAAUCCCGAUUUCUGAGAAGAACGCUGAAGAACAAAAUCAGCAGUGCGUAAAAAAAAAAUCUUCGAUUGCCAAAGCAUUUACUUGUACUGUAAGUUGUUGCUUCUGUAGUUGACAACAAAGUCUAUCUGUGAGAUGCAUUGUAAUUGGAAAUGAGAUCACUAGUAUGUGCAAUUCACAAAAAUUAGGCUCAUGACCAUAGUUCAAAUAUUCAUUGGUAAUCGGUAGCAGGCCUAAAAAUGAUCAUGUUAAAUCAUUGUUCAUUGCUGCGUCCCAUUCAGAAGGCAGCUGCCUUAGUAUUUAACCUAGAUUUAUCUUCUCCCUCUGUAUCAGGCAGCAUUUUAACCGAGAACAAACUUUUACUAUUUAUCUCUUGAAUUUGGAAAUCCCUUCAAAGUGAUUAUACGCCAGCAGGUCUAAAGCUCCGUGCGCAUGAUGUAUGUUUUUUAUUCGCAGUGGACUCUUCACAUGUUAUACGAUGACGUAUUUCCGGUUUAGUUUAGCAGAGUAAACCCAGCAAGCGGCACCGUUACGAAGUUUACACAUGCAAACGCACACACAAACACAUGGGUUAGUUCAGGAUUAGCACAAACCAGUAAAAUGUAUUUUGUGUUUAACUCCCUAGGUAAAGCGUGGCUACCAUGUUUUUAUAAUAUGCAGUAUAUAACCAGGAGGCAGAGGACACAAAUUGUCAUCAACAGCCUCAAGAUAUACUGUUAAAAUUAAAUAUAAUCUUAGCAAUAUACAUAAUUGCAUAAGUUCAUAUUUAUUAGACAUAUUGUAGAUACAAUACACACUUUUCUUUUGCACAUAAUUGUUUUUCGCAGGUUUUUUCAUGUCUUCAAAUUUGCACAUAUCCUUCUGCACAUUCUAUUACUUAUAUUUCGUUUACAUUUCUUUACAUUGCACAUUUAUAUUAAUUAUUAAUCACUUAAUAUUUAUAUACAAAGAAUAGUAAAUUUGGCACUUUAAUCUCUCCUACUUGCCAUAAUCUAUGGUCAUCAACCAUAAUCUAUGGUCAUCUUUCAGCAAGCCUCGGAAUCUUAAAUCUGUUGUUUUUGUUUUGUUUUGUUUGUUUGUUUUUUGUUAUUUAACAAUAUGGCAUUGUACCUCAGUAAACUUGUUGAGCUGUUUUCCCUGCUUUUGGUUAAACACAAACUUCUUGCUUGUGAAUUGUUAAAGGCUUUAGGUUACUGAUCAGCAGGUUGGUAUUCAAGCCCUAGCAUUGCUAAACUGCCACUUUUGGACCCUUGGGCAAGACCCUUAACCCAGUGGUGCAUAUCAUGGCGGAAACAGCGCUCUGACCUCAGCUUCUUAACAAGCUUUGAUAUGUAAAGAAAUAAUUUCACUCUACUGUAAUUUAUAUGGGACAAUUAAAGGCUUCUUUUUAUUCUGAGUCUGAAAAGGGCCCUUUGUGCCUCAUUUAAUCUGCUGCCUAUAGUUAGCUGUCUUACUAAUGCUAGCUAGUGAACACAAGUUCAAUUACCAUAGCUAUCUAAAUUGAAUAAAAAAUGAUUGUUGCCAGCUGUGCAAUAAAACAUGGAAAUUAGUUGUGGAAUUAAAAUGAAAGACAUUGGAGGAAAUUAGCUGUUAUUUUAAUAUUUGCCCCUAAACUACCUGGCUGUACCUUAAAUCAUGAUGCAUUCAUCCAUACUGUUGAGAUUUUUUUAAAUGAAGAUUUUGCACCGUUUCAACUGGCUUAGGUUUUGACUUUCCCUUUUUCUCAAAACUUUUGAGAUAUUGUCUAUUCCAUUUACAAACACGGCAUCCACAAUAAUGUUCCUAGUCCUGCAAGUCUUUCAUGGGUAUUUUGUGCCUAAUUAUAAUAGUUAAGCUAUAAUUAGUCAAUUGCUGUUUAGGGGAGGGGUUUGGAAGUCAAUUAAAUUUUCUUUCAUAGAACUUUAAUCAAGCAACUAGCACCAUUUGUUUUUGAUAUUGCUGAUAAUGAAACUGCUGCUCUGAAACUCUGCUGCUGCCUUUAAAUCUGGAUAAUAAGUGUAUAGGUGUGUACCUGUUUAUGCUGCCUUCCAAACAGAACAGUCUUUAUCUUGGAUGAGGAAAAAUUCUGCCCUAAAUAAUUUCUGCCUAUGUACAGUAGCUGCCUCUCAAAUGGAAUGAAUAGCAUCGAACAAUACCUUUACUAAAACUUGAAUAAUCCACAUAGUUGCUGUUGUAGGACAUAUCCUGUGAGAAAGACUGAUGAAGUGCUGUAUUAUCAGUAAAAGAAUAGUGUAGGUAAAUAAACUAACAGUAGGCCUGUCGUACAUUAGCUGCAGUAUUAUGGUGAAGGUUCCAGUGUCAUAUCAUAAUCUUGGUGCAAUGUGGUACAUUUGCUUGCUUGUAGUUGACUGAUUCAUACCAAAUCUGCUAUGUAACACCUGAACUUUAUAACAUGCUGAUGAAUUCUGCUAAUGAUGCCAUGACACACUGAGUGAUCGUUGGAUAUAGGUUACGCAAUGACCUGGCCAGUCACACAGGUAUUUAUGGUAGUCAAACUACAGUACAGCAUGAUUUUCAAUGUAUUCGUCACAUCCGAGUCAAUUAUGACUUCAGUAUUGUGAGUUUUUAUUUUUUUUCCUAUAUACAGCUAAAUUCAGUAUAUGUCUUGGAUCUUGGAUCGUCCAGUGAGAUGAAGGUCUGUUUUCACACAGAUCUACUGAACAGAGGAAGACUGUGCUUUGUGAUGUUGAGAGCACUAUGCAGAAACUGUGUUGAUAUGUAAAUGUGUAUCUAUCUAAGAGAAUCCGCAAAACGUGACUACUGAUAUUGCUACUUAUUUUCUAUGUACAUAUUGUAGUGAUUUAUUUUUUUCCCCUCUAAAUAUACAAAUGGCUAGAAAGCACAUGAGAGUGUCAUUGUUUGGGAUUGUUGAAUUAGAAUAUUUGCAUUCCUGUCUCACAUGACCUGAGGAUGUGGGACUUUUUGACCAAUCAGAAUACACUUCAUCUGUACACCAUUUACAAUCAUUUUUCCAUUAAAAUGGAAGUUUGAACUGAUAUGUUAAUUCUUCUGAAUUAUGUUAUUUUUACCUUGUCAGUUAUAUACAAAUAGAUCAUGUAAAGCUUGAAUGUAUGAGCUAUCUGUCAGAUGCAUUAUACAGUAUAAUUUAUAUACUGAGCUAUAAAGAUCAUAAAGGUGGAUAAAAAUAUCUAGAAUCUUAAAGUCUCACAUUAUUAAUAGUGAUGCUUCAGCUUUAGAUGGUGAACAUGCUGGUUAUAUUUUGGAGCAUAUUUCUGUCAGUCAAAAGUCUUUCAUUUCUGCAUAUUACCUCCUUAAACAUUAAUCAAAUUUAAUCUGUGAAGGAAUGUGUCUCCACCGAUGAUGUAUUUCUCAACACUUUAUUCUGUUUUAAUAAUAAGUGAGAAAAUGUGCUAGACUACAUAAAGCCAGUGUUUUGAAUUUAACUAUGGCCCGCGCAGUCACCUGGACGUAAACUCUU